CGCGAAACCCGGAGGAAGCUCUGUGCCUGGAGGGGACCCGCCGCCAUCUCAGGUCUCAGCCUCGCGGGGCCCACCACAGAGAGCUGACGCCCUGUCCUAAGAAUCCUUAUGGGUGACCAACCUUGUUGCUCCGGGAGAUCCACGCUCCCACCUGGAAACACGCGGGAAACCAGGCCUCCAAAAAAGCGCUGCCUCCUAGCUCCACGGUGGGAUUAUCCAGAGGGAACCCCCAACGGAGGUAGUACCACUCUUCCCUCUGCACCUUCUCCUGCAUCACCCGGCCUGAAGUCGCACCCUCCUCCUCCGGAGAAGUAGUAGAAUGUACUUCUCCCACCCAAACCAGUCUCUGAGGGAUGACUCCAUUUCCUUGGUGCAUUCAUAAAAUGGUUCACCCUGUGAAGAUGAUGAAGACUAUUGACAAUGCUGCCCUGAUUUUUCUGAUGUCCUACACCAGGACAAGUACAGUUUUUAUUCUGGGGACAUCCACAGAGCAAGAAGUGCCAGAAGAGGAGUGAGAGUAAGGAGACCAAAGUGGAGAGAGCAAACUGCAAGCACAGAAAGAACUGUAGCGGAAGAGAAGAAUGAAUGUGAUCUCAAAAGGCACUGCGCCCCAACUGGACAGGUGGAACCAGCAGGGGCCUCUUAGGGGAAGAGUCAUCAGCCAAGGCAAAGUCUCAGCCACUCAGGGCAGGGGUUGAGCCCUGUCCAGAGAGAGGCCUGUUUUGCUAUGCUCUUGGACCCAACUGGGAAGUGGGAGGCCAAACGGAAAGGGGUAAGGAGGAAGAAAAAGGAACAAGGAAGGGCGUCAGUCGGGCCCACUGAGCCUCCUCGCACAGAGUGUCCUUCUGUGCGAGUGUGGGUGCCUGCCCAGGAGGGUCUACCCGAAUAAAGCCGUGCAUGCAUG